CUCUUGUUAUCUGAAUGAUACAAAUUUAGUUAAGGACGUAGAAAAGCAAAAAAACAAACAAAAAAAAGACCAAGAAGCAAUGGAGUCAACUGAUCGUUCAAGUCAAGCAAAAGCUUUCGACGAGGCCAAAAUCGGUGUGAAAGGGCUUGUGGAUUCAGGAAUCACAGAGAUUCCGGCCCUGUUCCGUGCAACGCCGGCUACUCUUGCAAGCCUGAAGUCGCCACCACCUCCAAAGCAUCUCACCAUCCCUACCGUUGAUCUCAAAGGAGCAAGCGUGGUGGAGAAGAUCGGAGAAGCUGCUGAGAAAUGGGGAUUAUUCCAUUUGGUGAAUCACGGCAUCCCGGUGGAGGUUCUGGAGAGGAUGAUUCAAGGGAUUCGCGGGUUUCACGAGCAAGAACCUGAAGCCAAGAAACGCUUCUACUCUAGGGAUCACACUAGAGACGUGCUUUACUUUAGCAAUCAUGAUCUCCAAAACUCCGAGGCCGCCAGUUGGAGAGACACUCUCGGUUGUUAUACCGCACCCGAGCCUCCCAGAUUAGAGGAUUUGCCCGCGGUUUGCGGGGAGAUUAUGCUGGAGUACUCAAAGGAAAUAAUGAGUUUAGGUGAAAGGCUAUUUGAGCUUCUAUCAGAGGCUUUGGGGUUGAACUCUCAUCAUCUCAAGGACAUGGACUGUGCCAAGUCUCAAUAUAUGGUUGGCCAACACUACCCACCUUGCCCUCAGCCUGACCUUACUAUAGGCAUAAACAAGCACACCGAUAUUUCCUUUCUCACCGUUCUUCUUCAAGACAAUGUUGGAGGGCUUCAAGUUUUCCAUGAACAGUAUUGGAUUGAUGUUACUCCUGUCCCUGGGGCUCUAGUCAUUAACAUUGGAGAUUUUCUUCAGGUUAAAAAGAUCAUGUUGCUACUUCGAUCUUGCUUCAUUUCAUGUAUGAUUUGGGGUUUGAUCCUUCUUUUUUACUGUGUGCAGCUUAUAACCAAUGAUAAGUUCAUAAGCGCGGAGCAUAGGGUGAUAGCCAAUGGAUCUUCUGAACCGCGGACUUCCGUGGCAAUUGUUUUCAGCACGUUCAUGAGGGCGUAUUCUCGAGUAUAUGGGCCAAUCAAAGAUCUCCUGUCUGCAGAAAACCCUGCUAAGUAUAGAGACUGCACCCUCACCGAAUUUUCAACCAUCUUCAGCUCAAAAACGCUCGAUGCUCCUAAGUUACACCAUUUCAAAAUCUAAGACAUUUGGGUUUAGACCUUUUUUGUCUACUAAUCUAUCAAACUCUCUCGGUACACAAUGAAAACUGGUACUUCAUAUGUAAGCCAUGAUAUAAUACGAUAGUGUACAUUUCGAAGCUUAUUGGCCUCGCAUUCAUCCUCAUCCACCCAUGAUACUUGAUUUUUUCAUCAGAUAAUCUUGCAA